UGGAUUUUUAUUCUCAAAUUUCUUUAAAUAAUGACGAUAAUAACCACCAAAACCAAAGACAAUUACAACAACAACAUUUUUCAGAUAAUUUAAUUCCCCCCUCAGAAUGGCCAGUUAAAUUAGUUAAUGCUAAUGUAUGGCCUCAUUUUCUUUGGAGAAAACAUCCAAUCCCAAACAAUAAUCAAUGCCUUCCAAUUCAAGUGAAACUAAAAAAAUAAAAAUAAAAACAAAUAAUGUUUUAAAGUCAAGUUUUCCUGAAAUGGUUGACCUUUUGCCUGUACAAUUAAUUUUUUCUUUUUUGUAUUUAAUCAUUUGGUUAGCUGCCAUUCUUGGCAAUGUUUCUGUUUUGUAUGUUGUUUCCCUUAAACAAGUUCAACUUUCCUCAGUUCGUUCAGUAUUUAUUUGCAGUUUGGCAGCCUCGGAUAUUUUAAUGUCAAUGACUAGUCUUCCAAUAACUGCAGUUUCAAUAUUUACUAGGGAUUGGGUUUUCCCAACAUUUUUUUGUAAAUUAAUGGGAAUAUUUCAGGGAGGUGCUGUUUUUGUUUCAAGUUUUACAUUAACUGCAAUUGCUGUAGAUCGUUAUAUUCUUAUUAAGCAUCCAACUAAACAAAAAAUUAAAUUUCGAACGGCACUUUCAAUAGUAGCUUCACUUUGGGUUCUUGGUUACGCCUGUGCAAUGCCUGUUGGUAUAUUUUCUUCUACAGUUGAAUAUUCCCCUUUCUGUGGUCAAUUUUGUGAAGAAAAUUGGCCAGACACAGAUACACAAUCGGGCAGAAGUCGUUUAAGAAAAUUUUAUGGAAUUUUAGUUUUAAUUGUUCAAUUUGGAUUGCCUGUAUUAAUUUCAACUUUGUGUUAUUGGCAAAUUGGCCAAUUAAUUCGCCUUCAAAUGCGUCGAAGAAGUGAAAGGCAAAUGGUUAUUUUACAGGAAAGUAAGGAUAGAAUGAAGAGUCAAAAAAGUAAAACAAAUUUAAUGAUGGCCACUAUGGUAAGGGAAAAAAGAAAUUUAGGUACUUUUCCGUUAUUCGACCGCAAACUUAGUGUUAGCCGACUUUGA